CUAGCGUAGCCCUGCGCUAUUCUUGAAGACCUGUUACGCAACUCUCCUUUGCUUAUUUACGCUAGUUUCUAAAUAUGCUUAAAAACGUCCGCUAAAACGUUUUUUUACACCCUUCAAACAAGUCGACCUCCAACAUCGCAGGGUCUACCCGAACCAGCGGACAAAAAAUUCAACCCGCGACAACACUUCAAAAGUAGCCCAAUUCCGCGGGAAAACCGCGGACCUGGCAACACUGCCACCCACUGUCCCGUCGUUUGUCUGACCCACGCGCCCGCGAGCUUCCUGGUUAUGGCAACACUGGUGCGUCUAACCCGGUCGCGAGCUCCCUCCUGGUUCGGCUUCAGGAAGCAACUGUUCUCGUGUCCCCGCAGACACGCAGCUCUCAUCCGCCGCAGCAUGGCCUCACACACGGCGGAGACGGAGGUGACCCGGUUCGACUUUCUGGUGAUCGGCGGCGGGUCCGGAGGUCUGGCCGGGGCUCGGAGGGCGUCGGAGCUCGGAGCGGCCACCGCCGUCAUCGAGAGUCACAGACUCGGAGGUACCUGCGUCAAUGUCGGCUGUGUCCCAAAGAAGGUUAUGUGGAAUGCAGCCGUUCAUGCAGAGUAUCUCCACGAUCACAGCGACUACGGCUUCGAUGUUGGACAUGUUCGUUUCAGUUGGGAAGCUCUCAAGGCCAAACGGGAUGCUUAUGUCAGUCGCUUAAAUCACAUUUACCGCAACAACCUUGACAAAGGCAAAGUCCAAUUUAUUCAAGGUCAUGCAAGUUUUACUGAUGACCCCGAGCCGACUGUGGAGGUCAAUGGAAAAAAAUAUACAGCACCUCACAUCCUCAUCGCCACUGGAGGGCAGCCUACUGUUAUGAGUGAUGCGGAUGUUCCAGGGGGAAGUCUGGGCAUAACCAGUGAUGGCUUUUUUGAACUUGAAACUCUGCCAAAGCGCAGUGUGGUUGUGGGUGCAGGUUAUAUUGCAGUGGAGAUGGCAGGCAUCCUUUCCACCUUGGGGUCCAAAACAUCCCUCAUUAUUCGACAGGCGGAAGUGUUGAGGAACUUCGACAGCUUCAUAAGCACAAAUUGCACCAAAGAGCUGCAGAACUCUGGUAUGGACCUGUGGAAGAAUUCUCAGGUGAAGUCCGUGUGUAAAACGGAAACGGGACUGGAGGUGACGCUCGUCACCAAAGACCCAGAGAAGAACGGCGAGGAGAAGAUCAGCACCAUCCGGGAGGUGGACUGCCUCCUCUGGGCCAUCGGCAGGCAGCCCAACAUGUCUGGGCUGAACAUCGGCGCCACGGGUUUGGACACGGAUGCAAGAGGCCACAUCGUUGUGGAUGAGUUCCAGAACACCAACAGACCAGGGAUCUACGCUGUCGGGGACGUCUGUGGCAAAGCUCUUCUCACUCCUGUUGCCAUCGCUGCAGGCAGGAAGCUGGCUCACAGACUGUUUGAGGGCCAGAAGGACUCCAAGUUGGACUACUCGAGUAUCCCCACCGUGGUGUUCAGCCACCCCCCCAUCGGAACGAUGGGCCUCACAGAAGAGGAGGCCAUUCAACUGAGCGGAAAGGAGAAUGUGAAAGUCUACAAGACUUCUUUCACUCCGAUGUAUCACGCCAUCACGAGCAGGAAGAGUCAGUGCAUCAUGAAGCUGGUGUGUGUGGGCAAGGAGGAGAAGGUGGUGGGCCUGCACAUGCAGGGCCUGGGCUGUGAUGAGAUGCUGCAGGGCUUUUCCGUGGCCAUCAAAAUGGGCGCCACCAAAGCAGACUUCGACAAGACUGUCGCCAUUCACCCCACCUCGUCCGAGGAGUUUGUCACAAUGCGUUAGUCUUUCUACCAGCAGCAACUCGGACGAGGGACCUGGAGUCGCUCCUCUCUACCGCUCCCGCGUCAGCUUCACCACUCGCUUUCUAAAACGACAUACUUGCAUUUUUUCUCAUUUAAGUGACAUUAUUUGUGUGCAGUGUUUCAUCUUUUCUAACUUUUUUUCUUAAAUGGACCAAGAACAAGUUAUGGCCUUCUUAAACUGUAAUGUAGGUCUUAAUUAUUUAUUUGAAUAUUCUGGAUUUCAUUUUAAUGAUCGUCAAAUGGAAGUGAAGGAUCUGCAGGUAUUGUCAGGUGAUUGCAAUUGGUAAAACACAAAAGAACCCUCCCAGUGUGUCUGUGUGUGUGUGUGAGAUCUAUCAUUUGUCCAAUGAUUACAAACACUGCUUUGCACAUAUUUACAAAUAAAGCAAGGCCAUAACAUAUCUGCUGUACUGUUCUAAAGAUUCAAUAAAUACUAGGUUUUUUUCCUAA